AUGCCUAAUUAUGUUUCCUUUUUUUUAUUACUUGUUUAUAACAUUGUAAUAAAAAUUUAUGAUUGCAUACAAAAUUGUAGAGUUAAUAAAAAGAAUGACUUAUUAUAUGUAAACAAUAAAAUUUUAUUAUGUGACAACUGGUUUAAAAGAAAAACAAAUAAAGAUAAAUAUAAACACAAUAUUAAUAUUAAUAUUAAUAAAUAUGUUAAUGGUAAUUCUUAUAAAUCGUGUUACAGAAAAAAUAAUAAUGUAAUUUAUUUUAAUAAGGAUAAUGCAAUAUUUGUAAGUCUAUUAAAUGCACCUAUUGUAGGUGUUAAAAUAAAUGAUGACAAAUAUAAUGCAGAUGUUAUAGAACAUAAUGUCAAAGACAAUGAAGAAAAAAAAAAAAAUAUAAAAGAUGAUAUAAAAAAUGUAAACAAGGAGAAUAUAAAUAAUAUAUAUAAUAUAUAUAAUAUAUACAAUAAUAUAUAUCAUAUAUAUAAUACAAAUAGUGUUUGUAAUCAUUUUAAUUUUAUGAAUCCACAAGUUAAAGAAGAAGAACCCUUUUCCCUUUUCACCCAUUUGAAUAAUUAUUCUUUAUUAAAAGGAAAAAAAAAUAAUUUUUUUUAUAAAGAUAGAAAUAAAUUAAAUGACUGGUUAUGCACACAAUAUUUGCCACCAAAUAUAUCUUAUAGAUAUAUAAAAAAUAUAGUGUCGACUUUUAGACUCUGCGAUUAUAAUAUCAAGGAAAAUAUAUUAUAUCAUUUAUUAUUAAAAUAUAUUUAUUAUAAUAAGAAUGAUAAUAUAUCUUUUGAGAAAAAAAUAGAGUUAUUAAAUAUUAUUGAUCAAAAUAAAUAUAAAUUUAUAUUAGACCAUGCAAGGGUAUUACAUAAGGUGGUAAAAAAAGAAAAAGAUAAAAUUAUUAAACAUAUAUAUAAUGAAAAAAAUAAAGACAUAAAUAUAAAUGAUAAAAUUAAUGAUGAAAGAAAUAUAUUACCUAUUUAUAAUACAGAAAAAAAUAAAAAUAAUAAUAAUAAUAAAAAUUUAUAUGAUAAUAUUAAUUAUAAUAACAAAAUUAUUGAUAUUUAUUUAAAAAUGAGAAAAAAAUAUAAUAUCCUUUUUGUAACUUUAAAAAGAGAAAAUAAACAAAAUGUUUAUAAAAUAUAUAAAAAAAUUAAAAGAAAUAUAACAUUUUAUGAUUUUUAUGAUCGUUUACUUAUUUUGAAUUAUUUUCAUAUAUCUCAUGAACAUCGUUUAGUAUUAUUAUUUUUUAAAAAAUAUAUUUACAAGUUAUUAAAUAAAGAAAAUAUGUUUAUUAUAAAUUUUAUAAAUUAUUUUUUUCAAAAUAAUAUAUUAUCAAAAUAUAUUUUAUACCCAAAAAGUACAUAUAAUGAAUCUAUAUACACAGACAUAAAAACAAAUGAAAAUAUAUCAGAAUAUAUAAAAGAUAAAUACAAAUUAUAUUAUUUGCCUAUAAAUACAUCAAAUUUUAUUGAAUAUUAUAUGAAAAAUUUUUUUUUUCCAUCAUAUCUUUUAUCUAACAUAAAUAAUAAUAAAUAUAAUAAUAACAAGAUAUAUGUUCAUACGUAUGACACAAAAUUUUUAUUUUAUUUAAAUAUGUUACAUUCCUUUUUAGAAAUGAAUAAUUAUUAUUUUAUUCAUAAAUUUAUAGAACAAUUUUGUAUCUACUAUUCAAAAAAUAUAUCUAAUAAUAUAAUAUAUGAUGAUAAUAAGUGGUCUUUUUUUAUUUUAACAUUAUCCUUUUUAAUGAGAUAUGUAUAUAUGAAAAGAAAAUUUCAUAUAUUUAAUUUGAAGGAUUAUGAGCAUAAUGUAAAUAUAUAUUAUGAAAAUGAAAGUGAUGAAUAUAAAAUGAAGGACAUAAAAAAUAUAAAAAAUAUACAAAAUAAUAAUAUAAAAAAAAUAAAUGAAAAGGAAUAUAUUAUUCACAAUAAAAAUGAUAAUUACUUAUCAUAUCCUAUUCAUAUUUACAAUGAGGAUAUUUUUAAUUAUGAACAAAAUUGUGGUAUAACAAAUUAUUAUAAUGAUUUAAAUCAUCAUAUAAUUGAUUAUAUUAAAAAUGUAAUUACAAGAGGAGAUAUAUAUAAUAAAAGAAAAAGUAUAUAUAAAAAUAUAUCACUACUAUUAUUCUUGCAGUAUGUUUUUUUACUUAAUUUGGAUAUAGACAAUAUUAAUUUUUUAAAUAAAAAGUCAAAGAAUUAUUUUGAAAAUAUAUAUGUAGUAGGAAAUACACAUGAAAAAAAUAGUCAAUAUAAUAAGAAUGAGAAGUGUGAUAAAAGGGUUAAUUGGAAUUUUGAAGGGAUAAAAAAAAAAGAAAAUAAUAACAACCACAGUAGUGACAAUAAUAAUAAUAAUAAUAAUGACCACAAUAAUAAUAAUAAUAAUGUUAUUGAGAAUAAUAAUUGUGUGAAUAAAAAAUGUAAGACUUAUAAUAGACCAUCCAUAUUUUACACACAUGAUAAAUAUAUGAACAAAGAUACAUAUUUACAUUCAAAUAAUUUUUUUUUAUUUCCAUUUCUUAUUAAAGGAUAUAAAAAUAUUUUAAAAAGUUGUUUCUUAAAAACAAGUUCAAUAAGUGACAAUAUGAUGAUUUAUAAUUACAUCUUUGAACAAUUAUUUUAUUUUAUUAAAACAUAUUUGAAUGAUAAUAUAAAUAAAUAUUAUUUCUUAUAUAAUAAUAAAAAUAAAGAAAAUGAAUUAAUUUUAAAUAUAAAACCUAUUUUAUCUUUAUUCAAAAUAAAUAUUCUCUUUUUUUUUAAAUUAAUAUAUAUAUUAGAUAUAUGUAAUUAUAAAUAUAUUGCCUUGUCUAUUAUCAAUAAGUUUAAAAAAAAAAAAUGGUUUAAAAUAAUUAAUAACAAAGUUAUAAAAUUAUUAAUAAAUAAAUUUAAAUGUAAAAAUAAUAAAAAUUGUAAAAACAAAUUAUAUUUAUUUUCUUUAUCAUUUAUUGAGAAUAAUGCAAUAUCUGAAUAUAUGGAUAUAUAUAAUAAAUAUAAAAUGAUCAUAAAUUCAAAUGAUAAAAAAUUUAUUAAAAAAAUUUUCAAUUCAUUAAUUCAAAAGGAUAAUAAAAUAAAAAAUAAUAACAAUAUGAAUAAUAAUAAUAAUAUUAAUAAUAAUGAUAUAUAUUAUAAUAAUUAUUGUGAUGGGUCAACAAAUAAAUCUUUUAAAAUAUUUAAGAAAUAUACCUUACCAUUAAAUAUUAAACAAAUCUUCUUUCUUUUUAAUCAUUUACAAAAAUUUAAUUUAAAUUAUGAAAUUAUUAUCUUAUAUAACCGUUUAUUCAAAUAUAAUAAAUAUAUUAAGAAAAAUAUUUAUUUAGAUAAAGAUACAGAAAUUUUUACAAGACAAAAGAAAUAUGUAAAAUCUAAAAGUCAUAUAUAUAGACGUAUUUUUUCUAUUUAUAUUAAUUCAAUUUUAAGUAUAAAUAAUUUAUUAUUAUUAAAUGAUCAAGAAGAAAUAAUCAAAAAAAAUAAAAAUAAAAUUAAAAUUAAAAAUAUUAUAUGUCCAUCUACUUAUUCUAUCCUUUAUAAAAAUCCUUUGUAUAUAUUUCUUCAUUUUAUAAAAAAGUAUAGAAACAAGAAACUACAAAUGUCAUCAGAAAGAUGUGAUAAUACCUACUGUGAUAAUUCUAGUGAUGAUAAGAAUGUGAAUCCUUUACAUAAUAAUAAAUAUGUAGAAGAUAUUAAACAUAUGAAUAUUAUAAAGAAGGAGGUUGACAUGAAAAAUGUGAAUAACAUAAAAAAAAAGGAGGACACUAUAAACAGUGUGAACCAUCAUCAUAUUAAUAUUAAAAAAUCAAUUGAAGAUAUAAUACGUGGAAACGAUUUAUUUUCUUCUCUUGAUGAAGAGACAAUGCAAAAAUUCAAAAAAAGUAAUCUUAUGAACAAAUUUUUUAAUAAUUCAUUUAAUCCUACUUAUAAAUUAUUAUCAAAAAAAGACUACACAUUAAUAUUUUAUAUUAUAAUGAAAUAUAUUUAUAAACAUAAAAUAAUACAUACAUAUGACAUUUUAUGCACUGAUAAAGAAAAUAAUUUAAAUGUAAAGGGGAGGGGACAAAAAAAUAAAAAAAUAAAUAAAUAUUAUAAUAAUAUAUUAUAUAUAUAUUUAUAUUUUUUAUUGGCAUUAAAAUGUUAUACGAAUAUAUAUAAAAUAGAUCAGAUAACUUUUUUAAUUAUAUUAAAAAUAUUUAUAAUAAUGGAUGACAUGACUAGUUUUAAAAAUUUUCUUUUAAUAAAUGAAAAUAAGAAAUUGAUUGAUGAUAAUAUAUUAUAUAUAAAUUCUUUAAUAAAUAAUUAUUAUGUUGAUAAUUAUAAGAAUAACAUGAAAGGAUUAAAUGAGAAGGAUAAUAAUAUUAUAUUUCCUAUUAAAAAAGGAAUAUGUAUUGAUAUGUAUAUAAUGAAAGAUAACAAUUUAAUAAUAUAUAAUUUAAAUUAUUAUAAACUGAUUAAAAAAUUUUGUAACAUAUUUAAAUACAAUAAUAUAUUAAAAAUAUAUUUUUAUUUUGAUUGUAGAAAAAUAUCACACACAUUAUUAAAUUUAUCAUCCAUUUUUUCGCAUUUAAAAUUUUUAAAUAAUCCACAGUUUAUAAAAUAUAUAUAUGAUAAAGAAGGAAUUUUAUUAUCUCUUAAAAAUAUUUAUGAGUCUUCUCAAUUUGUUAUAUUUUAUGGUAAUUGCAUGUUUAAAAAGAGCAAAAUUUUUGAAUUCUUAACUUCUUCAUUUUUUAAAAAUGUUAGUAUACAUAAAAAUGAUUUAAUAAAAGAUGCUUAUGUCUUUUCAAUAAGAGGAGAAUAA